CGGAAAUGGUACAAUUAUGAUAAAUUCCGAAAAGGAAUUUCACCUAUUUCCCACGCUUUUAAUUAGAGUUGCCCCAAUGAUUUAUUGACCAUUGGGUGCGUGUUCCUUCCUUCACAGGUAGUAUUUAGGACUAGUACUACUAAUCAGGCAGUCACCUGCCAAAUUCUUAAAACAAUUUCCAUAUCUGCCAACCAUUUUGAAUCGAAAAACCAAAAUUUCCAGCCAUUAAUUAGUUAAAGCAACAGAUGCAAUUUCCCUUGCAUGUUUGGCCUGCCAUUUCCUACGCCUAUAAAUCUAGGAUCAAAUCAUAGGAAAUGGACCAAGCAAAACUAGAACUCAAUCAUCUCCUUUUGAAUAUUUUAACUUUAGCCAAAACAGAAAUGAAGGCCAACUGCAUUGCAAUUUGUGCUGUGGCAGUGCUGCUUUUGGUGGCAAAUGCCAAUGUGUCUGAAGCUGCAUGCAACCCAAAUGACCUCGCCCCGUGCGCUCCGGCGAUUGUCGGAGGCGCACCUAGCUCACUUUGCUGCACCAAGAUGAAAUCCCAGAAGCCUUGUUUUUGCCAGUAUGCUAAGGACCCUAGGUUCAGCAGUAUUGUAAACUCUCCUGGUGCCAAGAAGGUUGCUUCAGCUUGUGGAGUUUCCUUCCCUAAGUGUUAAUUAAUUCAAAGGCUCUAAUAUGCAUAGGUAGAUUAAUCCAUGCGCAUGGUUUAAUCUGCUCUUCCUUAUGCGGUUUUUAUUAUGUUCUUAUCUUAAAAAAGCUCAUUGCAGUUGUGAUCUUAGUUAUCUAGGCCAACAUGGUUUGUAUGUUGCGCCCAUUAUGUACGAUCAGAAUAAUCUUUGCGAGUAUUUCCCAUGAUGUUAUGUUAUGAUGAUGAAUUAUCGUAUUAUUAAUUCGGCCUCUUGAUCUUUAUUUGGUCUCUGUAAGUGCUUUUAAAGGGUCUAAAAAUGACGUUCCUAUCCAAAACUUAUCCUCGUCAUCAAUUUUACCCAAUA